AUGAGUGAACCCUGGAAUGUAUUUAACCCAAGUUCAAAUUCGCCCACACAACCGAACUCCAGGCGACAAUAUCGAUUAGCGCAUCAAACUCUGUGUAUCACUCACAUUGACUUCGAGCAACGUUUGGUCAUUGGUUUCACUCAAUUGGUUAUAUGGCCAAUUGCACCAACAUUACGACGUAUUCAUAUUAAUUGCCGCCAGUGUCGCAUUCAUCGCAUUUUAUUGGAAGCAGCUGACAAUAAAUCAACAGGAUUUGAAGAUGAUCGGAAAGUGCGUACUUCCAGUUGGUCUGCUUCAAGAACCAAACUCAUCCCAUCACCAACUGAUCUUCCAAUUUUAUUUACCGAUCCUACCUUAGAAAUAUGUGAACAUGAUACCAAAUUAAGGACUCUAGACAGCUUUGAACGUCGUUAUACGUCUGUGGUUACUGCAACAGAUCCAGAUGAAGGAGGAGGUGAAAUUACGGUUCGAUUACCUUCAGAUUUUUGGCCACUAAUAUCCCAAAAAUCCCCUAUUACGUUAACCAUUGAAUUUUCGUUAAAUAAACCCAAGUCUGGUUUUUAUUUUGUCGUUCCUGAAGGAGAAGGCUCUUUGACUGAACGUGGAGUCCAUGCAUUCACUGCCUGCUCGCCUAAUUCCUCUCGUUUGUGGUUCCCUUGUAUUGAUUGCUCAGAACCAUGUACCUGGAAAAUCGAAGUGACAGUUUUCGAAGACUUGGUUGCUGUUGCUCCUGGUGAAUUAAUAGAUGCUCCAUACUAUACUGAAGAUCUAACACACAAGACUUACCAAUUUUAUGUUUCUCAACCAGUGGCAGCUCCCUAUAUUGGAUUGGCUGUAGGGGCUUUCGAAAUUUUUCCAGACCCGAGACUUUCUAAUGGAGCGACACACUUUUGCCCAAGUGGAUUAUUACCUCUAUUACGACAUACAAUAUAUCCCCUUUCAGAAAUGAUAGAAUAUUACGAGUCUAUCUUGGCAUCACAGUAUCCAUUCUCCACAAUAAAAUGUGUAUUUGUAGACUGUGCGUUUUCAGAAUUCCAAUCAUUCGCUUCUCUGAUCAUAUUUUCUGUCGAUUUGCUUCACUCACCUAGAAUUAUUGAUCAGGCGAUAGAAACUCGUAAAGUGGUGUCACUAGCAGUGGCACAUCAGUUUUUUGGAUGUUUUCUCAUUAUGGAUACAUGGUGUGAUGCAUGGCUUACAUUCGGUCUAGCAGGUUACUUAUGUGGUCUUUAUCAAAAACGUGUUUUUGGAAACAAUGAAUAUCGCAAGACUAUAUACGAUGAAAUGCACUUUGUAACUGAAUUUGAAAAUAUGAGAUAUGGUAUUGUGCUUGACCCGUCAAAAAUAACUUCAAAAUCCACUUAUUUUGACUUGACUUCAUCUCAUCUUAUAUCACCGGAUUAUUUUGCAGCCUAUGUGAAGAAAUCUCACUUAGUAAUUCGUAUGUUGGAAUUACGGUUGGGUCAACCUGUGUUACUUCAAGUGCUUAAUAAAUUACUUGUGCUCGCGCGCCUUUCUGCCAAGUCCAUUCUUUCAGUUGCGGAGCAAGACGAAAGCGAAUCGACUGGGUUAGGUACUUCCAGCCGAAAUCAAGAUAAUCCUGUCUCAAUAAAUCCGGAUGCUUCAUCUCAACAAAAUCCUAGUGUCCCACCAUGUAUGUCAGACGAACAUAGAGCUAAUAUCUUAUUAUCUACUGCUUCUUUCCAAAGGAUUAUUUCCAUGGUUACAGGUCAAGACAUUCGAAAUUUCUUAAAUCAAUGGGCUUGCCAUUCUGGUCAUGUUCGACUGUUUGCCAAGUUCCAUUUCAAUCGCAAACGCAAUGUCGUAGAACUGGAAUUAAAACAAGACUUACAGUCAAGAGGUACGUUGAACUAUACUGGACCAAUUACGGUUAUGCUCCAAGAACUGGAUGGAGCAUUUAUACACACUUUCAAACUGGAAGAAGGCCGUAUGUCACGUGAUUUACCAUGUCAUUCCAAAAGUCGAAAACAUCAAUCACCUCUCCUUUGGUUUCGAAUCGAUCCAGAUUUAGCUAUCAUACACAAUAUUCAUGUUGAUCAACCAGAUUUCAUGUGGCAUCUUAUGCUAGCUCAUGACAGGGAUUGUCUGGGUCAAUUAGAAGCAGUAAAUGCUCUGAAAGACUUCGCGUCUCCUGAAACACGCCACGUUUUGACCAAUAUUAUUUUGAAUGAAAGAAUAUUCUAUCACAUUCGAAUGGAAGCCUGUUUUACUCUAUGCCAUGUCGUAAAUGAAUUAAGUGCUCUCAGUAAUAAUCCUUCAAUGGCAUCUACAGCUGUAGCUUCUUGUCUAUUACCAAUGUUUUGGCAGUUAUUCAGUUCACCAGCCGCUCGUGGUUUAAUUCGUCAGAAUGAUUUUACUAAUUUACAGUAUUAUUUUCUCCAGAGGGCUAUGAUUAAAGCCCUAUCAACUUUACGUGUGCAACAAGUCUGUCCACAUGAGGUGUUGAUCUUUCUAAGUGAUCUGUUGCGGCAUAAUGAUAAUUCACGUAAUCCAUACUCUGAUGGUUACUACUUGGCUGAUCUUGUAAAGGCAAUGAAAGAUACUCUCACUCCUGCAAUUAUCGUACGAGGAGUUAUGUCUGCAUCGACACUACCAUUUGAAGCGCGUACUGUUAUCGAAGAAGUUUCUCAUUUACUAAAUUUGGAGACAGAGACUUUGAGUUACAAGGGUAUUGUAACCGUCGUGUGUUUACAAGCUAUAAGACGAUUACAACGACUUGGAUUUCUACCCAUAGAUCCUGGCCUAUUUUAUCAAUAUGCAUCGUCAAACUUUUACUGUGAUAUCAGACUAGCAGCAAUUGAAGCUCUUGUCGAUUACAUAAGAGGUGAACGAGACCAGUCAGCAUUAGACUGGUUGUUUAACAAUAUCAUUGAACGAGAAGAUGUUAGUGAUGCUUCAUAUGUCCGGCUUCGUUUUCAAGCUGUACAACUGCUGCUUCGUAUGCCACCUUUUCAACGUGGUGAAACUGGAAGUCGAUUAGACACUCCUCAGCUAGUUGAAAGACUUUGGACUUUGAUGAAUUAUGGAUGUACUGGUGACCCUAGACUACGGUGUGCAGUAGCUGAAUUGUACUACACCCUUUAUGGUAACCGUCGUCCAACUUGUCUUCCUCUCCCAGAAGGCGUACUGUUAGUGAGAGUUAAGGAAGGUCGAUCUGUACUAAAUAUAACUGAUAAUCUUAGAUCCAGUGAAAUGGAUGAUGGUGAUGAAUUGGGUAAAUAUAAAUCUGAAUGUUUGUCUAGAACAGUGUCAUUUUCUAAAAUGCAUACGGAAUAUGAAGAAGUUGAAGAUAAUUUUUCUGAUUGUGAAAUGUUACGUACAAAUAGUAUGCAGUCAGAACGAGAUUCAAUAAAGCGCACAACAGGAUUAGAAUUCAAUACUCAAUCAGAUUUAAAGCGUUGUAAUCGAAAUGGAAACUUCUCAGUAAUGAUUGAUAUUAUGAAUUAUGAAGAUUUUCAAGUGAACAUUGUUGUUUCACUCUGUGUUCAUGUGUAA